UGAAUAAUUGCAUCUUAUUGUGAGUAAAAUGAAAGCCUUCUUUGUGAUUUGUGUAGUGGCUCUGGCAGCAGCCGCCACUCAGGCCCGAACGAUGGAUAGAUGCUCCCUGGCCAGGGAGAUGGCCAAUCUGGGGGUUCCCCGGGAUCAGCUGGACAAGUGGACCUGCAUUGCCCAGCACGAGAGUUCCUUCCGCACGGGCGUGGUUGGUCCAGCCAAUUCCAAUGGAUCCAACGACUACGGCAUCUUCCAGAUUAACAACAAGUACUGGUGCAAGCCGGCCGAUGGUCGCUUUUCCUAUAACGAGUGCGGUUUGAGUUGCAACGCCCUCCUGACCGAUAAUAUCACCAACUCCGUGAGAUGUGCCCAGAAGGUUCUGCGCCAGCAGGGGUGGACUGCAUGGUCCACCUGGAAGUACUGCAGCGGAUCCCUGCCCUCGAUCAAUAGUUGCUUCUAAAAUCUUAACAGAUUUCAGGAAUAAAUGUGCUAGACCAAAAAAA